GUCUGACAGGAGCCAAAAUGGCAGCGUUCUUUUAUAUUCUUACAUCAUCUUUGCUCGAGCAACUUAUUCAACGAGACAUCUAAAGCUUUUAGUAAGACGAUAUUUCGAUUAUCUUCAUAUGUAAGCGUUUGUUUUGGACAUGUAGGUUAUCUGUCGUCUUUAAGUUCGAAAACAGCAGGUCCCUGAUUGACACAAGACCCGGCCCGUUCAGUCUUGUGUUUUCCAGCACUUUCUCUAUUAUGUCAACAAUGAGAUUUCCCCUUCAAUAGUUUUUGCAAAUGAAAAUGGAUGAUAUGUCUCUGUCAGGCCUGGAUAACACCAAGCUAGAGGCCUUGGCUCAUGACGUUUACUCAGACUUAGUAGAAGAUGCAUGUUUGGGGCUGUGUUUCGAGGUGCACAGGGCGGUCAAACAAGGCUAUUUCUUCCUGGAUGAAACGGACCAAGAAAGCAUGAAGGAUUUCGAAAUAGUGGACCAGCCAGGUGUGGACAUCUUUGGGCAGGUGUACAACCAGUGGAAGAAUAAAGAGUGUGUAUGUCCAAACUGCAGCCGCAGUAUUGCAGCUUCACGGUUUGCUCCUCAUUUGGAGAAGUGUCUCGGGAUGGGUCGCAACAGCAGCAGAAUAGCCAACCGCAGAAUAGCCAGCAGCAACAACACAAGCAAAUCAGAAAGUGAUCAGGAAGACAAUGAUGAUAUCAAUGACAAUGACUGGUCCUAUGGUUCAGAAAAGAAAGCCAAGAAGAGAAAGUCAGAGAAGAAUCCAAACUCUCCCAGGAGAUCCAAAUCUCUGAAGCACAAAAAUGGAGAGCUUAGCAAUAGUGUAAAUCCAGACCUUUAUAAGUAUAAUUACAGUUCUGGCAUUAGCUAUGAGACUUUGGGACCUGAGGAACUGCGAUCUAUACUGACUACGCAAUGUGGGGUCGUAUCAGAGCACACAAAGAAGAUGUGCACUCGACGGACACGAUGCUCAGUGGGGGUGGGGGCUCUGUGGUGGCCAUGGCAUCUGUUGCAGAGCUCCCUGUUCUUCUAUUUGCAAAAGCAAUUUUUGGGAGUCUAUCCUAUUGACACACUAAAGCUGAAGAUAUAUAUACCCAUCUUAAGACAAAUGUUUUUGUUGAAAGACUUUUGCACAGUACUGUCCCAGCGGUGUCCCCAGCACACGGACGAACAGAGGAGGGCAGUAAGGGUCUUCCUCCUUGGGCCGUCCGCAUCGACUCUACCUGACUCUGAUACAAUGCUGGAAAAUGAUGGUUAUGAUGCCCCUGAUGGCCAGCUCAUCAUGUCCCGCCUCCAGUGGGACGGCUCCUCCGAUAUCUCACCGUCAGACUCGGCAUCUUCAAAAGCCAGCACCAACAACUCUGAAUCCAAGAGACCUAAGAAAAAGAAGCCCAGCACACUGUCUUUGAGUAGCACUGGAGGAGAGAGGGAUAAAGGACAGGAACGAGAGAGAGGAGACAGAGAGAGAGUGGCCGGAGGUGGGAUUUGCAGCAGCUCUCAGAAUGCACUGGGCCUGCCCAGUCGCAAAAAACGACCAAAACUGCCAGUUCCCCCAACCCUCAGUAUCUACGAUGACCUAAACUAAACACGUCUUUCAAACACACAAAAAACAUGCAUCAAUGUAUAGUUUCUGGGACCUGGAUAUUGCCUGAUCAUGACUGACUUGAUUAGACGAUCUCUUAGAUGAUCUCUGGUUUCCACCAUUUCAAGGAACAUGAACUUGUGGUGUAUAUGUUUACGAUAGGGAAGAUCGGGUGGGGUUAAUUUAGAAGUUACCCAUUAUAAAUCCCAUUUCUAUGAUUUAUAGACUAUAAGAGAACACAUUUGUUAUGGCACAGUGUUGCACAGUGAAAAGUCAGUAUUGGUGUGAUUUCCUUUGGUGACUGUUUAUUUUUGUGUGUGGAUGCAAGUUUGAGAGAGAAAGAUUGUAUUUGCACAACUUUCUUUUUACACUAUGCUUUUCGUCAUUCUGUGUUAUUGCAUACGUGCGUAUGUGAUUUUGGGGUUUACAGUGACAUGAUGAAAAUGUGCCAUGUUUGUGUGGAUGUGUUAAACAGAUUGUGUGUGUGUGUGUGUGUGUGUGUGUGUGUGUGUGUGUGUGUGUGUGUGUGUGUGUGUGUGUGUGUGUGUGUGUGUGUGUGUGUGGGAUGUUGCAAAUAGUUUGUCCCUGGUGGCUCAUGUUACUUAUUGAGUGUAGUCAAUACAUAGGUUAAUCUGUGCAAUGUCCUCUACUGGUUUCCCUCAUAUUGUCCUGGUAACGUUACUGCAACCUGUUGUUCUCUUUUCAGCGGCUUGCUAUGCAACUCAAACUCUUUCUUACUCAAACUCAGAUAUCUUGCUAAACAAUGGAUUUUCAUUAGCGCUACUGACAGCUUUCUGCCAAAUCUGUGAAUGCACAACAUGUUGUUUGUUAAUAUGCUUUAUGUUUUGACGUGUGUAUAUGCGUAUAUAUGUAUAUAUAUAUAUAUAUAUAUAUAUAUAUAUAUAUAUAUAUAUAUAUUUUUUUUUUACUUAAUUUAGUCUACUGUGUGAAUGUUUGUAAUUUUUUUUAUAAUCAUGGCUUAUUUGAGUACUUAUAUUUCAUCCUCUGUGUGAUUGUGUGCUAUGCAUUUCCUCGGAUCACAGAGUUUGGAUUGCUAAAAAUUUCAGUGGUCAAAAGUUCAGAGCACUUUGUUAUAUUAGGUGUCAGCUUGUUUUAAGAAUAAGAAUUAUUGGGGCAAAAGUGCAAAUAGUGAUUGAAGAUACACUUAAGUCUAUACUGACUGGAUUUGAUCCCUUUUAAGUGAAAUGUGUCUUUUGUUUGAGAAUUUCAUGACUUGAAUUUUAAAUGAUCUCAGAGAUCUUUCUCUUUAUCGCAGCAGUAUUAAUGGAACUGCUUGCAUGAUGAGAAAAUAAGACAAAAAUACAAAAACCCGGUACAAUUCACACAGGAUAUACCUUUGAUUUGGGUAGGUGUAUGUAUGCCCUAUGUUUACUGUGAUUUCUCUCAGUGGCUUGUAGUUAACUUUAUAGUUGUAUAAAUAAAACUCAAUAUUUCUCAGGACUCCCAAUUACCCUGUC